UAGUAAAAAAAGUUUUUUAUCAAAAAAAUGGUCUUGUCUCCGGAUAAUAAGAUAAACGAGGGCGUGUUGGAUCUUGCCAGGAACAUCAGCUAUGGUGACAUUAAAGGCACUUUCAACAUCGUUACUGCGACUGUUUCAGUAUUAAAAGACAUUGUGUCAAAUACAGAAUGGAAUACAGCAAGAGAAUUAAUGGACGUUAUAAUUUUUAAUGGAAAACACUUGAUCGAGGCUACACCUUUGGAGGAGUCUAUUGGCAAUAUGGUGCGCAGGAUACUUCAGAUAAUUAGGGAAGAAUAUUCUGAGCUGAAAAAAGUAACGGCUUCCGAAUUGAAAUGUAAAACAGAUGAGGCAGUACCUCAAGAAUCGUUGCACAAAAUACUCACGUUUGAAGGCGUUGAAGACACAGAUUUCAAUAUUUCCAUUCCAUCUCUUAAAUCAGCUUUGAUUCAGCACAUCAACGAGUUUGAAGCAGAGUUGGAAACAUGUACUGAAAAUAUCGUGGAUCAAGCUUCAGAAAAUUUGCACAACAACGAAAUUAUCUUAACGAUAGGUAGAUCUAAUUUAGUUGAGCAGUAUCUCAAAAAAGCAGCUGAAACGAGGUCUAUCGAAGUCAUUGUUGCUGAAGCUGCUCCGUUUUUGAAUGGUCACGAAACUGCCUCAAGUUUAGCCAAGGCACAAAUAAAAACGACUCUGAUCUCGGAUGCGGCGAUAUUCGCGAUGAUGUCGCGAGUCAACAAAGUUAUCAUUGGCACGCACACAGUAAUGGCCAAUGGUGGUCUCAAAGCAAUUUCUGGCUCGCAUAUUGUUGCCCAAGCAGCUAAACACUUUUCCGUACCGGUUUGGGUUCUUUUACCCCUGUACAAAUUGUCUCCCCUUUAUUUAUGCUCUUACGAACAGAAUGCCUUCAAUAAGCACGUAUCGCCUCUGCAAGGCGUUAUUAGUGGAAAUAACACCGCGCUUCUGGAAAAGUGCCAGUCGCAUAAUCCUGUAUUUGAUUAUGUCCCACCAAAUCUUGUUACUCUUUUCAUCUCGAAUAAUGGAGGAAAUGCUCCAUCUUAUAUUUACAGAUUUAUAAGUGAACUUUAUCACCCAGAUGAUUAUGAACUGUAAAUGGAGUAGAGAAUGU